UGUCCCUCUGCGCCCCUCUGUCACAUCUGUCGCCGCUGGUGAAGGCCGCGCGAGCCAACCGAGCGCAAGAAAAGGCUCAAAAGGGGGGUGCCUAGGUACCGUGACUUUUCACUGUUACUAUAUACGUCGAUAUCUUCUGUCUUCUCUCUCUCAGAUACCCAUGACUCCCGAUGUUUUCAUAUUUGCUGGACAUCUUAUGCUGGCAUCGCAUAAUGACCAACGUCUUUUUCAUCCUUCUCUGUUUCUUCCUGCGGAUCUCCCUUGAUUUUCUAGACGGCGAUGGAUUCUUCUUGUGAUGACCUUUCUUUCAUCCUACCUUUUGUUGCGGUGCUUGUGGAGCUGGAGGUCUGGACCCUUCGCCCAUCGAACACAUGCACAUGUACCUCGACGGCAUGGCUGGACUUCCCAGGUCAGCCAGUGGAACGGUGGAAAAAUUGUUUGUAAAUUUCUCUACUUCCGGCAUUUGUCCUUGUGCGAAAUUCAUACUAGUGAACUUACCGGGUUGCUUCUCCAACUACGGUUCGAGUCGAAUAUGUCGUUGUGCCACAUUCCGAGUGACAAGUCUGCACUUGCAUGUACUAGCAGUGUCUUCCCGUUUCCAUAUCGAUGCGAUGGUGCCCUCGGGGUUUUCUUGCUUUCGCGCAAGCCGGUGAUGAUUUCUGAGGCAUUUUCUGGCAUCCAUUCUUCAUGACAAAAGAACAAAAGCAUGAACUUGAUUCGAUUUGUUUGAUCUGCUUUGUGAUUCUGUUGAGAUAGCGACAGUUCCUACUGCUGCAUCGGCUGGCUUCCAAGCCAUAUUACCCUCGGAAACCCGAGAUAACUUUGCUACGGCUCCUUCUGUACCGUUCUACGUUGGGUGAAUAAUAAUGGAUUGUGUUCAUAGAGUUCAG